AUGACAGCAUUUAUCAGCAAAGGUUGCAUCAAGAUUGUUGGUGCUAAACAUGACAUCAAGAUUGCUGGUGCUAAACAUGACAUCAAGAUUGCUGGUGCUAAACAUGACAUCAAGAUUGCUGGUGCUAAACAUGACAUCAAGAUUGCUGGUGCUAAACAGGACAUCAAGAUUGUUGGUGCUAAACAUGACAUCAAGAUUGUUGGUGCUAAACAUGACAUCAAGAUUGCUGGUGCUGUCGGAAAAACUAAAUUACAACAAUCCGUAGACAUUCCUUGGAUAAAUGUUCCAAUCCAUAUGGCUAUACGCGUAGCCAUGGCAUUCAAAGAAUUCAAAUGUCUUCGAUAUUUCCGAAUUGCACCAAUUAAAGGUAGAACAGAAAUUAAGCGAGUAUUGAACAAAUGUAUGGGUUCUCCCGGUCACGUCGAAUCUUCCGGACUCGAAUCAUAUGCUCUCGAUUAUUCACAAAGUUUGGAUUAG